GCCAGGUGUUGCUGCAGUGUGGGAUAGUGUAAAUAUGGGCUCUCUGUGGGGCAGCAGCAGUAUUGGAGGUUGAAAGAUCAGCACUGAGAUAAACUACAGCACUGUGGACUGAAGGACUGCGCAGUCUCUGCGAAAACACACACACACACACGCACACGCUUCCCUGCUUUCUUUUUCAGCUCUGUUCAGCGUUUCAGCAGCAGCAGGAGAACCGUGGCUCUGCUCCAGACCUCAGUGCAGUGAGGAAUCAUGGGGCAGGUGAGAGACAAGCAGCUCGUCUCAGCUCUGAGCAUUUACACCAUCUCUCCAGCUCUAAAUCUGCGUGGAAACUGGAUAAUCAUGAAGUCUAAAGAGUCUAAAGCCUCAAUCUUCAUUUUCCAACAAGAAGAGAGUGAUAUCACACACUGACCGCCUGCCUGGACACGAAAGGAAGCGGUGGUCCUGCGCCAGGGGGCUGCAGCAGCAGCAUCAGGAGCAGCAGGUGGUUUUGAAGAAGAUUUGGAGAUAGUUCUGCAGUACGUUCCCCUCUGUGGACACGUAAAUCAUUCCAAAGGAAACAUGACGCCAUGUAUAUCUACUGAGAUAGACACAGCACAGUAGGGUGUCCCCAAAGAGAUUAGCACACUGUGUUCUCUGAACUUGCCUGCUAGGGAUCAUGGCUCAGUCUGGUAAAGUCCUGCACCUGUAUGUGGAGGUGAGAUCAGUGUCUGACGAGGAGGGGAAAGAACUGGAAAAUACAGAAGGGACAAAGUCUCUAAUGUUACAAGGGCCAGACCUCCUUCCACAGUCACACUGUAGAGCCCCACAUGGCCUAGUGCCCCCAGCUGGAGUUCCACAUAAAGGGGCCAGCAGCACCCAAAGCCUUGCUUCCAAUAAAUCUCCAUCCAGACACUCUGUCAGCUUUCAGCUGCAUCCAGGGGAGGAGCCGGCGCACCCACCCAAUCAUACUCAUCGACAGAGUUUGCCGUACGACGAGUUAAGUAAGCUAUUGUCUGCCCUCCAACCAGGACCUAAUGGAAGUACCUGUACCCUGGUGCGAACUCGCUCAUCUGAGAGUGAGCCAUUCUAUGGGAGGGUUUCUAGAUUUUCUGGACAUUUUACUGCCCCUCCUACACCUAGUGGUGUACGAAGGGCCUAUGGGAGGGAAGAUCAAGGCAAACGGUCAGUUGUGACCUACAGUUAUAUUGAGAAAGCUAACAUCAAGUCUGUAGAAGGUCAUCAUUCCCCUUUGUGCCAAAAUGAGCCAGAGAACCCAUUUAGAAGAGGAAUGGAUGACCAGGACAUUCCCUUCCAUCUUAGGAAGAGACUUAGUGACCCAGCGUGGUUCAAUGGCUUUGAGUCCACUGGAAACUCAAAUCAUGCCUUACCAGGCCUAGCGGGCACACCAAAGGGAACCCCCAGCCUUCGCAGAGCUACCCUAGACUCAAUCGCAAAGGAGGCCACUCUUCGUGCCCUGGAGGAGUUUGGUUCCCCACAAAUCAAACGCAAACUGGCUGCCAAAAGUCCUGAAGGAGAUCAUGAGUCCGUACUCAAAGAUCAGCCUCGAUGUCGAUCAUGGUCUGGGUCUCCAUUGGUGCCUAGGAGUGCCAGAACUCUGCCUGCAAAUGCACAGGUACUAACUCCAGAUCAAAACAGGACUUUGCAUAGCAUCCCCAGAAGCCCAGCAACUGACCGUCUCUCUACUCAUGCGAGACAGUCCUACUACACCAUGUCACCCCCUAUGAAUGUGCGAUCCCAGGAAAUACCAAACCAAACCAGAGUCUGGAAGGGUGAGGAGAAUCUGAAGAAAGGGUUCAGACAUGGCCCUCCAUUGCCUUCUUGCAAGCCCACAGCUAUUCAACAUGAAAUUCCGUCUAUGAGCAUCACUCAGGCACCAUGUGAGCAGAUGCACAACAGAAGUGAAAGCCCCAGGCAACCACACAAGGUCAAUUUCAACCUUUCCAGCUCAUCAAAUCAAUCGGAUGUUAAUAAAAUCAGUGGUAAGAAGAGUGCCUCACCUGCCACAAGCCCUGAACUAGCUCGUAAGUUAGCAGAAGAAGCCUCAAAGCUGUCCGUACUUAUGGAGGCAAGGAGGUCUCCUUCCCCAACUCCGUCGUUAUCAGAUACCAUGAGGUCAGACAGUCCUAGAUCAGGGGCCAACUCCAGAGAAUCACAACAUCCGUAUGCCAGCUUUGAAGGGUCUACAACAAAAAGUGCUUUGGAUGGUAAUCUUUCUUCCCAGGAUCAUCACUGGGAUGAGGACCUUGUUCAAACAGGCCUACGUUCAGGUCAGGCCUCUCCUCUUAUAUCUCACAGAGGACACACAUCUCCUGCACUUCCUUCUAGGCUGCAUCGUGUCUCCACAUCCCCCAUUCGAGACCCAAAACAAGAAGCUGCAGAGAUGCCAAGAAAUUAUAGUCCAGUUUUGUAUAGACACCGGCUUCCUCAAUAUACAGGAGACAACGGUUUAACCGGGCUUGAGUGUAGACAUUACGAUGCACGGUAUGAUUCUGGUCUCAGAGACAGUCCAGACAGCAACAGAAGACACUGCACAGGACCUGUGACCAAUAGUAGCUCAGUAAACUGGACCUCCCAGCAGCACCACUGGAGAGACCAUUCCUCCAUUCCUGGUGUAAUGGAAUACUCCAACAAGGAGAAUGGCACUGAAGUUCCACUAGGGACAUCUUUCAGGGAGUUGAGCAAACAGAUCAAAAAUGGUCCAGCUGUGAUGCUGGCCUCUCAGGAGAGCAGUUAUAGGACGCCGGUACAUCGAGAGAUGAGGGGUGAGAGCCGGACAGAUGUGGAGCAGGGCAGCACUUUGUCCAAUUCAUCCAGUGGAGUUACAGGCAGUCUGAGACAGGGCACGGCACUUGAGAGUGACUCCAUUUCCCCAGAGACGUCCAGCCAAACGAGUCGAAGAAGCAGUGAGACCGGGAACACGGGUCUACAGUCUGACAGUGGAUCAUCACUUUUGGGCCCUUCUUUGCACUCUCAAAAAAUUGCUCGUGCCAAAUGGGAGUUUCUAUUCGGGAAGCCUUCAGAAGAGCACCAUGGAGUAAAAGCAGGUCCAGGAUCUGCACCCUCUAGUGGCUACUCCAGCGAUUCUCUUACACCAGCUCCACCAUCGUCAUUGCCUCUGAAGUCCAUGGCAGCUCAUUCCAGACACAGGCCAGGAUCCGAGACUCAGAAGGCCACCAGCCACGAUGUUCAGCAGGUGGACGUUGAGCUGCUCAACCCCCCUCCUUCCUCAGGCUCUUCUCCAAAGACUGGCAUCAUCAAGCGUACCAUCAAAUACUCAGAGACAGAUCUGGACGCUGUACCCAUGCGCUGCUACAGAGAGACUGACAUUGAUGAGGUGAUCCUGGCCGAGCAGGAGGAAGUGGACUCUGCUUUCGGAAGUGACCGCAGUGUGCUGGGCACCUCCGGCACCAGCAGUGGGAGUCCUAUGGAGGGGACGCUAAGCUUGCAGGCGAAUGGGGAGGAGGAGGAUGAGCAGUUGCAGGAUGAAGAGGUGGUUAGCUGGGCCAGCGUGAGGAUGCAGGGUGACAGGAAGAGGCAGCACGCUUCACAAGACGCAGAUGAAGUAUUCAGCCGUUUACUUAAAGGCUCCCCAAACUGCUUGUCGGACAGCCACACUGCUCUGAAGUCCCCCAUCACUGUUGAAAGUCCUCGCAGGACCUCCAUGGAUGGCCAGGACUCUUUUAGUCGUCACUUUGAGAGCAUCAUGGAAUCACACCGGGCCAAGGGCACCUCCUACAGCAGCCUGGACAGUAUGGACAUCACCCCCAGUGGCCCGCCCGUCUUCACCUUUGACUUCCCGACCCUGACCCCUGAGAUCCAGAGUCAGAUAUGUGAGAGCGCCCAGCAGAUCAUUGAACUGAGCUUUGCUCCGCUGGCCCAGUACGAAGAACCCAGCCUUUUGGGUCCUAGUGCCUCCGAGAUGUUUCAUGGACAGUCUGAGACAACCCAGAGCAGCAUUUCUGAGGAGGACAGCGAGUCGAGCAGCACCGAUCACUUUGAGAAGCACAUUCUACCUGAGACUGACACGGACACGACUGCAGAAAGUGAGCGGCCAUUUGGUCCAGUCUCGCAGUCUGACCAAGAGGUGGCUGAGCGCUUGGCUCUGGGAACUGGUGACCUUGCCAAUGGCAACAAGGCUGAUCUGCAGGCUGCCAAACGGCUGGCCAAGCGCCUGUACAACCUGGAUGGCUUCAGGAGGUCCGACGUGGCUCGACACCUCAGCAAAAAUAAUGAGUUCAGCAGGAUGGUGGCGGAGGAGUAUUUGAGUUACUUCAACUUCUCUGGGCUGACUGUGGAUCAGGCACUGAGAGUUUUCCUGAGAGAGUUUGCGCUGAUGGGAGAGACGCAGGAGAGAGAACGAGUGCUGUCACACUUCUCCAGAAGAUACAUGCAGUGCAACCCCAACGCUGUACCCAGUGAAGACAGCGUUCACACUCUGACCUGCGCUCUGAUGCUGCUGAACACAGAUCUUCACGGCCAUAAUGUGGGGAAGAGGAUGUCCUGUACGCAGUUCAUAGGCAAUCUGGAGGGGCUGAACGAUGGCCAGGACUUCCCCAAGGAUCUUCUCAAGGCACUCUACAACUCCAUCAAGAAUGAGAAACUACAGUGGACGAUUGAUGAAGAGGAGCUGCGUAAGUCUUUCUCAGAGCUGGUGGAUGGCAGGAUGGACUCUGCCUCUCACACUAUGAAGAGGAUCAGCAGUGGGGGAAACCCUCUAGUGAGUCUGGCUCAGCAGUCCAGCGCUCAGGUCUAUAAGAACGGCUUCCUCGUGCGCAAAGUCCACGCCGACCCCGACGGCAAGAGAACUCCUCGAGGUAAGAGAGGGUGGAAGUCCUUUUAUGCCAUCUUAAAAGGACUGGUUCUCUACCUACAGAAGGGUGAAUAUCAUGCAGAUAAGCAGCUGUCUGAUGAGGAUCUGAAGAACGCUAUAUCUAUCCAUCACUCUCUGGCCAUGAGAGCAUCAGACUACAGCAAGAGGCCCAAUGUUUUUUACCUGCGCACAGCUGACUGGAGAGUCUUCCUCUUCCAGGCCCCUAAUGCUGAGCAGAUGCAGUCGUGGAUCACCCGCAUCAACACUGUGGCAGCCAUGUUCUCCGCCCCUCCCUUCCCUGCGGCCAUCGGCUCCCAGAAGAGGUUCAGCCGGCCUCUGCUGCCGGGCUCCAACACCAAGCUCUCCCAGGUACCCAACAGCCCCCUCUCCCUCAUCCAGGAGGAGCAGCUGCAAGCUCAUGAAACGCGCUUCAGAGCCAUGUCUGCAGAGCUGCAGGAGCUGCGGUCUGUUCCUCAGGACCGCAGGACUAAAGGGAAAGAUCAGGACGAGGGCAAGCAGAGGGAGGAGUUCCUGGAUUUCGAGAAAACACGCUAUGGAACGUACGCCAUGCUGCUGAGAGCCAAGAUCCGUAUUGGCGAGUCGGACCUGGCUGCAUUCGAGUCUCGUCUGUUUGCUGAUGGGGGUCUGCAGAGGGCCCACUCCAGCCCCACGCUGCCUCAGGACAGCAGCCAUGCCAGCAGCAGUGGGGGUGGUGGAGGUGGCGGUAGUGGCGGCGGGGGUGGUGGCAGCAACGGUGGCAGUAGCAGUGGCGGUAGUGGCGGAGGUGGUGGUGGCAGCAAGAAGAGCAAGCGCAAUGAAGGCCAGCGACAAAGCUACAGACAAGCAGUGAAACAGUGAGCCCGGUGCUCGGUAGAUCAGGUGAGUGUGGAGCACAGAGAUGAGGAAAAGAUGGUAGUUUGUGUUACACUGCAGUUGCCUCUCUCUCCUUCCGUCCGCCCUGUCAGCUCCUCCUGACUGCAGGGCUGGGCUGGCGCUAAAGGAUGCGGUUGCUGUUGAAGGGCUAAAGAUCAGUGCUGUUUCUUUCCGUUGGUGGAAGCUGGCAGAAGCAGGUUUUCUGGCCCCAGGUCUUCAGAGGGCAGUGGGGUGAGACCAGAGCCAGCCUCUGUGUUUUUAGUCCUUUUAGGUCAGCUUUACGCCUCUCUCAGUUUGACACGUAUGCUGUAUUUUUGGCAUGGACUGCUUAAAUCUUUGUAUGCAUAUUUCUUUUGCUGUUUUUUUUUUUUGUUGUUUCGUGUUUAAACACGAUGCCUCUACAAGCCAAGUACAAGACUGUCCGACAAGAUACACAGAAAAAUAAGAGUCUAUUUUUGAAUCCUAUUUGGCACUAUAUGGACUUUCCUUUGAUCUUAAACUUUUGGAGACAAUUUCUGUCUAACUGGAUUACCUUCUGCACACCUGCACUAGCGCAAUCGCUUGAUCUGGAGAUUUCCUUUCUUUCAUUUCUUCGCUUUCUACACG